AUGAAGAUCAAGGCCCUCAGCCGGUCCACGGCGUCUACACAGGCUCCCGGCUCCAAUGUCGCCAAAGUCACGAGGAAUCUGGACCCCAACCUCCACCCGUUCGAACGCGCGCGCGAAUACACCAGAGCCCUGAAUGCGACAAAAGUUGAGCGCAUGUUUGCGCAGCCCUUCCUUGGCGAUUUCGAGCCUGGCCAUGUAGACGGCGUGUACUCGUUCGCAAAGGACCCCAACUCGCUCGAGCACUUUGCCAGUGGAAGUGGAGACGGCAUCGUCAAAGUCUGGGACUUUACGAGCAGGGAGGAGAAAUGGCAGGCGCAGGCGCAUGAAAACCUGGUCAAGGGCAUGUGCUGGACCCGAGACAAGAAACUGAUAACGUGCGGAUCAGACCGCCAGAUCCAGUUGUUCGAACCAUAUGCACAGUCAUCCAAAUCGCCGCCGAAAGCGACAUGGCACGGCAACUCGGCCUUCACAUCCGUCUCGCACCACCGCUCGCUGCCUACCUUCGCUGCUGGAUCUAGUGUCAUUUCUAUAUACGAUACAUCAAGGACGUCCGGAGCUCCUGUCUCGAGCCUUGUGUGGCCAUCGGCCAUUGAUACCAUCACCGACGUCAAGUUCAACCAGGUCGAAACAUCGAUACUGGCAUCGUGCGCAACUGAUCGCGCUGUCAUUCUUUACGACGCCCGAACGAACUCUCCUCUACACCGCACUGUGCUCAACUUCCCGGCAAAUUGCAUCUCCUGGAAUCCUAUGGAGGCCUACAACUUCGCUGUCGCGUCCGAAGACCAUAACGGAUACAUCUUCGAUAUGCGCAACAUGAAGCGGGCUCUGCAAGUCCUGAAAGGACAUGUUGCGGCAGUCAUGUCGAUUGAGUUCUCUCCCACUGGAGAAGAGCUCAUCACGGGCUCUUACGACCGAUCCGUAAGACUUUGGGAGCGACAAAAGGGCCAUUCCCGGGACGUCUACCACACCAAGCGGAUGCAGCGCGUCUUCUCCGUCGCAUGGAGUCCCGACAACAACUACGUACUCAGCGGCUCAGACGACGGUAACGUCCGUUUAUGGAGAGCGAGGGCUUCCGAGAGACAGGGCGUCAAGUCUUUCGCUCUACGACAGAAGCUUGAGUAUGACGCAGCGCUCAAGGAGCGAUAUAAGCAUAUGCCAGAGAUUAAGCGUAUCGAGAGACAUAGGCAUCUGCCCAAGACUGUCAAGAAGGCUGGCGAGAUCAAGAACGAGGAGCUAAAGGCCCUUAAGAGGAAGGAAGAGAACGAGAGAAGGCACACAAAGAAGGGCACAGUCCGAAGGAAGGCAGAGCCCAUGACAUCUAUAUCUGCCCUCAAGAUCCAAGACACCAAGCUAAGCAGCCUCGGCCUCUCAAAGUCGAUUGUAAACAAGGAGAAAGUCUGCUGUUACACGCGUUCUCUAGAAAACGCAGACGACAGGAAUCCCAUACUUGUUCUGAUCCAUGGCUACCCGCAGUCAGCUUACAUGUGGCGACAUUUAAUUCCCCAGCUUCCAUCCCAGGCACCGCUCUUCGUUCCGGACCUGCCCGGUUAUGGCGCUAGUCCACCAAUCGAGCGGAACGAUAAAUUGAGUGUUGGAACGGCAGUACUCGAGGCGCUGAAGACAGAGGUCAAGAAGAGUAAGAGUAAAGACAGGGACGUGAAGAUUAUGCUUGUCGGGCACGAUCGUGGAGCGAGAGUUGCGCACCGCCUUACCGUCAGCGGGGUAGACGGACUGGACAUCCUUGGUGUUUGUCUAAUCGAUAUCGUCCCGACUUCAACGCAAUGGCAACAUUUUGCUUCCCCAGCGACUGCGGCGAAGGAGGUUACGGGGUAUUUCCACUGGCCGUUGCUCGCAAACGUGGAUUUGGCGACACGUAUGAUCGCCGCUUUUGGGCCGUCCAACUGGUGUCAGGAAAUGAUCUUGCUUUGGUCGGGCAAAAGCAACACGGGUGUCGAGAAGCUAAAGGCUGAUGAAGCACUGACUGUAUAUGGCGAUUUUUUCGCACAGGAACAUACGCUGAAAGCAAGCUGCGAAGACUACAAGGAGGGCGCUACGACGGAUGUUAAGGAACAGGAGAAAGAUCAGACAGAAGGGAGGAAGAUUGGAGUCCCGGUUUUGUUGCUGUACAGUGAGGCGGGCAUUGGUAGCAGAUUCAACUUUCCAGAUGUGUGGAGGGAGUGGGUUGGUGAGGGCGUAAGGAUCGAGAAUCAUGGACUAGGAAACGGAACUGGACACUUUGGGGCUGAAGAGGCGCCUGAUGAGUGUGCGGAGGCUAUUACUCUCGAGCGUGGCUAUGAGCAAGCAAUAGAAGUAUUUGCCAGACCACUAUUUGAAGGUGAGAAGGAUAGUGACCAGGAGUUCAGCGCCAUUAGACCUUCGCCCAUUAUGCUUUUUUCUACUGUUGCAGCUUGGCUGUUGUGUGUCGUCCAUAGCUCAUCUGCGUGCAAAAGAGACGAUCUGAAGCUCGCAGUAUCUACAUUAAACCUGCGCCUAUCCGAAGCUGCCACCGUCACCUUCCCAUGGGAUGCCCGUUGGAACGAUCUCCAAGUCCGUGGCUCUUCUCCACGCAUAUCUCCCGACUACAACGUGGUGGUUGAGGUAGCGACAGAGUCCGACGUGCAAACAACGGUCGCAUUGGCCAGUCGUCUCAACAUCCCGUUUUUGGCCGUGACAGGGGGCCAUGGAUGGACUCAAACGCUCAAUAAACUGCCCUAUGGUAUCCAGAUUAACAUGCGGAAGCUGAACACUACAACACUCAGCCAAAAUGGCAGAACUGCGAUGGUCGGGGGCGGAACAAUGCAACACGAAAUCACUCGCUCGUUAUUCGCCUUGGGCAAGUAUGCAGUUACUGGGCUUUCGGCAUGUGUGUCGGUUGCAGGUCCAUUGUUAGGCGGCGGUCACAGUCUGCUCCAGAACCAACAUGGCUAUUCCCUAGACGGUCUCAUUUCUGCGCGCGUAGUUCUUGCUAGCGGAAAAGUUGUAGAAGCCUCUCGAACAACCAAUGCCGACUUGUUCUGGGCCCUGCAAGGAGCAGGACAUAAUUUUGGCAUUGUGACUAGCCUUGAGGUUCAGACCUACGAUAUCCCUUCCAGCUGGACUGUCUACUCGCUCGUUUUCACGACCGACAAGGUUGAGGCGCUCUUCCGGCUGAUCAACGAGUUUGAAGAGCCGGCUGUGAAACGUCCCGCGAAGCUAGCGCUCACAGGAGUGUUCGUGAGGAUACCUGCUGUCGAUCCCAUCAAUCCGGUCGUCGCAUACAAUGUAAUAUACGAGGGCACGGAAGCGGAAGCUGAACCAUACGCCUUACGUUUCAAAGCGCUCGGUCCAGUAUCGACCACAGUAUCGACGGACGUCGACUACGUAGAGCUUUAUACGGUGACUGGAAACAAUCUUCAAAGCCAAGCUUGUACGAGGAACGAGAAUAUUGCAGGAGCCGGCGUCUCGCUACCUGCUUGGGAUCUUGAAGGUGUCCGUAAAGCAUUCACAAUAUUCGGUAACAUCACAGCCGAUCCCCGCUUUAAUACUUCCAUUACCUUGCUGGAGAACUACGGCAUGCAAGGUGUACGGGCUGUUGAAACAGCUUCCACGGCAAUGCCACCCGAGGAACGCGAGUAUCCAAUCCUCGCGUCUCCAGUGCUGUGGUGGGCUGGCAAUGAUGCGCAGACGACCAAAGACGCCUAUGUAUAUACGCGUGCGAUGCGCAAUGCGCUGUAUACUGGCCUUGACAAGAGCAACAGAAAACGACACUGCUAUGUGAAUUACGCUAGUGGGGAGGAGAGUAAGCCCGAGAUGUAUGGAUAUGAUGCUAGGCUUACGAAGUUAGCCAAGCUGAAGAAUGAGUGGGAUCCAGAGAACAGGUUCAGGUUUUACAACCCGAUAGUGUAG